UAGGAUGUUAUAUUUUAUUGAAUAUAAACGUGUGGUCAUUUUAAAUGUCACGUACCCCUAGAGGUACGCGUACCGUCGAUUGAGAACCACUAGACCAGCGUUAGAUGGUGCCUCGGGGUCAGCUCGGUGAAGGCAGACCGACAGGGCUCUUGUUCAGGUGUCGUCAGCGCGCGACACGCAGCGCAGGUAAAGGAAACCGUCUGUGGUCUGAACCCGUCACCUCCAGGAAAAUAUCUAGAGCUCAACCCGACGGUGUCGAGUCGUCGGUAACGCGGUCGAGUCGCAGAGCCCACGCGCCUCACCCAGCCCACGCGACGGCCUGCUCAGUCCUGACUCUCACAUGUACAUCCAGGGCUACAAGUGGGUGCGAUGGCGGGUGUGGUGUUGUCGCCUGGCGGCUGUGCUGUCCUUGGGUCUCCUGUUGAUCGUGUUUCACUGGCAGCCACGCCUCGCCGUCCUCUUACGCUGCCGCUCCUGCCCUCUGGCUCUGGCAGAUAUUCUACUGAUAACCGACAGCUUCGCCCGCCGUCAUGUGGUGAAGGUCCUAACAGAGGAGAUGGAGGACGGCAGCGUGGACUUGUUUGUAGAGCUGGAGGACAAUGACAGCAGGGACACAGUUCAGCUGCACAAUGACGAGAAAACGCUGCUGCGCUAUUACCUGUUUGAGGGACUGCGGUACAUCUGGCUGGCCAGGAAAGGAUCCUUCUGUCGUGUCAGUGCCCUCAAUGAAAACUGGACCCGCAAGGACCUGCACGGUUUCCAAAAGGGCCUGAGUCCCCUGGAGCAGAGCUUGAGGAAACGCAUGUUUGGGCCCAACCUUAUUGAUGUGCCUGUGAAGCCUUAUGUGCAACUGCUGUUUGAGGAGGUCCUCAACCCAUUCUAUGUGUUUCAAGGGUUCAGCAUCACACUGUGGCUGAUUGAUGAAUAUUAUUUUUACGCCAUAUGUAUAUUUAUUAUCUCCAUUUUGUCCAUCUGUAUCUCCCUUUAUGAGAUCCGCAAGCAAAGCAUUACACUGCGCAAAAUGGCCCAGUUCGUCACUAUUGUCACAAUAAGGAGAAACUCGGGAGUGGAGGAGUGUGUGAGCUCGGAGGAGCUGGUCCCCGGCGACUGUGUGAUCCUCCCCCAGGAAGGUCUGCUGCUGCCCUGUGAUGCUGCCCUGCUGGCCGGGGAGUGUCUGGUGAACGAGAGCAUGCUCACAGGUGAAAGUGUCCCGGUGCUGAAGACGCCACUGCCGACUGGUGAUGGGGGGUACAGCUCGGAGACGGAGCGCAGACACACCCUCUUCUGUGGCACGCAGCUCAUUCAGGCCAAAGGGGGCGGAGCCGUUGCCGUGGUCACGAGCACCGGGUUUUUCACAGCCAAAGGUAGCCUUGUUAGCUCCAUUAUGCAUCCCCAGCCAACCGACUUCCGCUUCUACAAAGACUCAGCCAAGUUCCUGCUCCUCUUGGGUUUUGUUGCUUUUAUGGGCACCAUUUACAGCAUCGUGGUCCUCUUCAAAACCAAUGUGACUUGGUUGCAGUUGGUGAUCCGGAGCUUGGAUCUGGUGACCAUCGCAGUGCCUCCCGCCCUCCCUGCGGCCAUCACCACGGGCACCAUCUACGCCCAGCGCAGGCUGAAGAAGCAGGGGAUCUUCUGCAUCAGUCCGCCACGCAUCAACAUCUGCGGCAAGAUCUCGCUCUUCUGCUUCGACAAGACAGGGACUCUCACGGAGGAAGGUCUGGACGUGUGGGGCGUGAUGGAGGGGGGAGCUGCUGGAUUCUCGGAGCUGGUCCCAGAUCCCCGCCUCCUGGCCCCCGGGCCCAUGGUCUCAGGCCUGGCCUGCUGUCACACCGUGACGAUGCUGCAAGGAAAGCCCCUCGGAGACCCUCUGGAGCUCAAGAUGCUCGAGUCCACCGGUUGGACCCUCCAGGAGCCGGAAGGAAAUGGAAACGCGUUGGAUUCAGAGUUUGGGGGCCACAGAGUUUUAGCUGUCGUAAAACCACUUUCUCAAAGUACUUACACAGAGCAGGCGGUGGCCAUUGUCCGGAGGUUUCCCUUCUCCUCGGCGCUGCAGAGGAUGAGUGUGGUGACGGUGGCUCACGGGGGACACUCUGCACUCGCUUUCCUCAAAGGAUCCCCGGAGAUGGUGGCCAGCCUCUGCCGUGCAGAAACCGUGCCGAAGCAGUUCUCCAGGAAACUGUGCAGCUUUUCCGGUGAAGGCCUCAGAGUCCUCGCCCUGGCCUAUAAACCAGUAGACAAGAGCCCUGACCUGGGGACCAUUGAACGAGAGGAAGUGGAGAAAGAACUGCAGUUCCUGGGCUUUCUGAUGAUGAAGAAUCUGGUGAAGCCAGUAAGUGCCACGGUCAUUAACGUACUGAGACUGGCCAACCUCCGCAGCGCCAUGGUCACUGGGGACAACAUUUUAACAGCAGUCAGCGUGGCAAAAACCUGUGGCAUGGUGGGAGACGAUGAGAAGGUGAUAUUCGUCAACGCGACCCCCCACACUGCCCGGUCCAUGCCCACUCUGAAGUUCAGCCUGGAGGAAGAUAGGGCCACGACGGGACAAACCUCUACCGUCCUUCAGAGCCUGUAUCAAAGCGGUUUUGACUAUCACUUGGCUAUAAAUGGAAAGUCCUUUGCUGCCCUCUGUAACCACUUCCCUGAGUAUUUGCCAAAGGUUUUGUUGCGUGCCACUGUAUUUGCACGCAUGGCUCCCGAUCAGAAGACACAGCUGGUGAAGGAGCUGCAGAAACUGAACUACCGGGUGGGCAUGUGUGGGGACGGGGCCAAUGACUGUGGGGCCCUGAGAGCUGCUGACGUCGGCGUUUCCCUGUCCGAGGCUGAAGCUUCGGUCGCAUCGCCUUUUACUUCCAAGACUGAAGACAUCAGCUGCGUGCCGCUGCUUAUCCGAGAGGGCCGGUGUUCUCUGGUCACCUCCUUCAGUCUCUUUAGAUACAUGGCCCUGUACAGCCUCAUCCAGUUCUGCUCCGUCCUCAUCCUCUACACCGUGAGGACCACCCUGGCUGACCUCCAGUUCCUGUUCUGCGACUUGUUCGUGGUGACCUUGCUGGCCAUCGUGAUGGGGAGAGGAGGCCCCAGUGAUGAGCUGCACCCCGACAGACCCUCAGCCAGCCUGCUGGCCCUGCCCGUCCUGGGCAGCCUCCUCCUCCACACCGGCACAAUUGUUCUGGGCCAGUUGGCGGCGCUUUUCAUCACCACCUCACAGGACUGGUACGUUCCACUCAAUUCAACGAUGUUCGGCGUGGCCAAUCUGCCCAACAUGGAGAACACCAGUGUGUUUUCCCUGUCAGCUUUCCAGUUCAUCUUCAUGGCUGUGGUGGUCACCAAGGGCUACCCUCACAAGAAGCCUCUCUUCUACAACUGGAUCUUCCUCUGCCUGCUGCUCGUCCUCUUUGGCCUGACGACUUGGCUGGUGUUGUAUCCCGGUCCCUUCUUUGGUCACAUACUAAAACUGCACGACUUCUUUGACAUGGAUUUUAAAAUGCUGCUAGUCGCGCUGGCUGCUCUCAACUUCCUCAUUUGUUUUCUUGUGGAGGUGCUAGUAGACAGAGGUGUCCUGACCUGUCUUCGUUCGCUGCGUGGGACGCGUCAGUCCAAGAAACAGUACAAACGUCUGAACAUCCUUCUGUCUGAAUCCCCGUCGUGGCCUCCGCUGAAUGAAACGCUGUCCCCCACAGAACACACAGUCAUCCAGUGCAGCUAGCAUCCACUUGUCCUCGUUGGACACGGCCAUUAAAGCCAAAAAGUGCUUUGUGUGUCUGAGCUACAUCCCCAAUGUAAAGCAAUGUUUACAAUUAAUAAAAUAUUUUUAUGUA